AUGAAACUUGAAAUAUCGCUGCUAAAAAUACUCCUAAUUGCAGCACUUCCUAUACUAGCUGAAGCAUUUAUACCAAUAUUUCCAACAUUCAUUGAAGAGGACAAGAAAUUCACCGUUUCUUCAAAACAGAAGGCUCCAUCAUCUUUCAAGGCUAUAGAUAGAUCUAAUGCACAAACCAGUUCCAAAAAAAAAACUUCAUCUAGGAAGGAAAAUUUAUCAUCCUCUAAUGAUUCACAGUCAAUUUUUAUAGGGGAUGGGAUUUCAUAUCUUUAUAGUGACGAAACAAAUGAAGCUUUUUAUGUGAAUGCAGAAAUAGGAUCCUCUGCAUACCCGUUGCUUCUCGAUACCGGCAGUCCCUAUUUAUGGAUUUAUGGAUCUAACUGUACAGAUGCUGCGUGUACAGGGAAGACAUUGUACGUUGCAAGCGAAGCUUCCAGAUCAAAUCAAGGAACAUUUGACCUAAAUUAUAACGAAGGGAAUGCAUCUGGUACUAUAAAUUCGGAUAAUGUUACCGUGGCUGGUAUCAAGGCCAAUAAUUUUUCGUUUGGUGUGGCUACAGACGUUCCUGAUAUUUUUCAAUCUUACAACUUCAGCGGUGUGUUGGGUUUGUCUGCGAAUGGCACAUCAAAGGUACAGCUAGAAAAUAUAGUAGAGUUUUUUGAAUCUCAAAAGAGCAUAUCACAGAAUAAGUUUGCAUUGUGUAUGAAGAAGUACAAUACGUCCACUGAUGAAAAUAACGCUGGCAUUUUUGUCAUUGGAAAAACUCAUACAGAACUUUACGAGGAUCCACUAUACACUGUACCAACAAUUAAAGAAUCAUCUAAUCACUGGGAAGUUGUAAUAGACAGCAUAUACAUCGACGCGUUUAAAGCAACCUUUGAUUCGAUGUCAAUCAACAAUACUAGGAGCAGAACAUCAAGAAUUGGACUUAUUGAUUCGGGAACCACUUCUAUAAUUCUAACACCCAAAGAUGCGGUCACUUUGCACUCAUAUUUUACAAAUUCAGUCUCUGAUGGAACACAGUAUGCUAUUUACUGCAAUUCGACAAUAAACAUUGACCUAGAAAUUGGAGGCCAUAAUUGGACUAUCAGCCCCGAAGAAUAUUUAGGAGAAUCAUAUGCAGAGGAUUCAGGCCUCUAUGGAUAUUGUGUUAGCAAUUUCCAGGGAUCAGAUGUGACAGAAGAUGGUGCAUGGAUUUUGGGUAACCUUUUUCUCAGCCAUUAUUACGUUGAGUUUAAUUAUGCGAGCUCCGAAAUCGGAUUUGCAGAGAGAAAUGACAAUAUUGAAAUAGAAAAAUCAUCCUCCACUCCAAAUGUGAACGCCGAAUCUGUUUCGGUCAGCAGUCCUUCUGGAACGUAUCAUUCGACUUCAACUACUUCAACGCUUUCAUCCAAUGCUUCAUACUCAACUUUUAGCACAAAAGGUUCCAAUAGUUCGAGUCUAACAAACAGCACUAGAGGAUGCUCAACCAAACUUGAAACAACUUCAAAAAGUAGUUCAGUUUCAAAAGCAGGAGCUGCAAUUGGCGACAAUUCAUUUACCACUUGUUGUUCGCUGCUUGCCCUAGCACAACUUCUUUUAAGUGCCUGUUUCCUUCUAUAA